GUGGAGAAUCCAAAGGCGGAAGUCAUCGACUUUAAAGGGAGGGGUCGUCAAGAUAUUUCAUAAGGCUACUGGUCCAGAGAAAACCCAACCAGGGAUUCUCCAACAUGGAAGAAGAAGUAAAGGUUUUGGGAUUGUGGGCAAGUCCAUUUUCUGUCAGAGUACAAAUAGCACUCGAUCUCAAGGGCAUCAAUCAUACCCUUUAUGAGGAAGAUUUGAUCAACAAAAGCCAACUACUCUUGCAAUCUAAUCCAGUUCACAAGAAGAUUCCAGUGCUUAUUCAUAAUGGAAAAGCAAUCUCUGAGUCCCUCAUAAUCCUUCAAUACAUAGACGAGACAUGGCCUGUUGUUCCCCUCCUACCCAAACACCCAUAUGAACGAGUCGUUGCUCUCUUUUGGGCUGCAUUCAUUGAUGAUAAGUUUUCUCCUAAUCUUAGAGAUAUACACAGAACACAAGGGGAGAAGCAGGAGAAGAGCAUAAAAGAGACAAUGGCAAACAUGUUAGUUUUGGAAGAAGCUCUAAAGGAGAGGCCAUUCUUUGGAGGGGAAUCAGUUGGGUAUGUUGAUAUUGUGUUGGGCUGCCUAGCUAUUUGGAUUCAAGUUUGUGAAGAAAUUGGAGGAGUAAAAUUGAUAGAUCCUCACAGCACUCCUUUCCUCCAUGUUUGGUUUGAGCGCUUCCGCAAUCUUAAUUGUGUUAAGAAAUGGCUGCCGGAUUUUGAUAAACUUCUUUCCUACGGAUACAUGUUCCGCAAUUAUUUUCUUCAACAGGCGAACUGAUAAACUUUCUUUAAUCCAAAGAGGCAAUCAAAGAGAAAAUAAUGCAAUGGGUAUGUGUCAGUGGUUGAUCAUUGUUGGUAAUCGUGGCAUUUAUUAGCAUUCCCGUUUCAUUUAAAUAAACAAAGACCAUUUCUUUUUUAUGUGGAUGUUACUAUAAAUUAUAAUAUCAAAAGCGUAUGGUUUGACUA